CCCUUUUGCAGUUCAACUUUGAAUUCUAAUAACACUUAUCGGGAUUGGUGCUGGUAAUAUUGUUGAUGGAGUUGGUGUAUUAUGGCUAUCAUUGUGCAUAAUCUUUUUAUAUUAGAAAGCUGGAUUGCUUAGGAAAGGAGGGUUGUCAUUUGACCUUCAGGAGCUUUUCAGUCUUUGAAAAAGGGAUUAUACUUCUAUUGGAGAGGAGCUUUAUAUAUUCACUGUUCUUGGUGUUUAAAAAUAAUUGGAAAAAUGUCAGAAUUUGAUAUGGCAGUUAUUAAACCUGAGGUAUGAUACUUUUAUUCUUGCUUCAUUUGCUAUUGUGUAGAUCAGUUUUCAACUAGUGAAUCUUAAGAGAUCAAAGCUCGUAGUGUUGCAAGUGUGAAAAUGUGCACUCCUACACACAUGCAUGCGUGUGCAUUGAUACGUAUUUGUACGUAGAUUGAGGGAGUUGAAUCUUUCUAUUUUUUGCUGGGACUGGGUAGAGUUGAAGACAGGGCUGACGGCUUUUGCCCUUUAGAGAAGUCAGUUAUUGUAUGAUUAGGAUGAUGAUGCUUUUCCUAAGAGCAAAAACUUUACCCAAUGCUACACCACCUUUAUAUGAUCUUGAUAAAGGCUAAACUUUACUUAACACAACACCUUUUUACGAUCUUAACAAAGCCCAUGGAUGGGAGAUCUGAACUUGGAACUUUGCGCAACCACCUCCAGACUUUGCCUCAAAUUCGAUGCUUUAAAUAUUAGUGGUCACUGGUCAUGUGGAAGAGAACAGAUGCCAUAUUAUUUCUUUAGGGAUGCAGGAAGAUGGAUGAACAGUUCUGAACUGAUGUAAACAGUAAGGAAAGAUGCUCUGUGAUUGUUAUAUAUGCAUUGUACAAAGUUUAAAUCCUGACGCAGCUUGAUAUACAUGUAAAUGAGUCAAAAAGAUAAUUAGUUAUGUUCAAGGUUGUUACUUAUCAGAAAAAGUUAUGUUCAAUGUUGAGCCCCUUUUUCUAGCAGUUCUUAAUGCUUGCAAUGCUUGCAAUGCUUGCAGUUACUUUGUUCUUUUUUCAGCCUCAGUUUCUAAUUGUGUCUUUUAGUUUUAAUAAUGAUCCUGAAGCUGUUUGGUACCAAAAUGCAUUUGCAGAUGAUAAAGUCCUAUAUAUGGCUUCAGACUGCUGAUGGUUCAAUCCAACAAGUGGAGCAAGAGGUUGCCAUGUUUUGCCCUAUGAUAUGUCAUGAAAUCAUUCAAAAAGGCAUGGGAUCAUCCAAGACUUAUGCAAUAUCACUCCCACAACGAGUUAAUCCUUGUAUGUUGAGCUUAAUUCUGGAUUACUGCAGGUUUCAUCAAGUAACUGGUCGCUCUAACAAGGAACGUAAGUCUUUUGAUGAAAAGUUCAUUAGGAUGGACACGAAGAGGCUCUGUGAGUUGACAUCUGCUGCGGACAGCCUCCAGUUAAAGCCUUUGGUUGAUCUUACAAGUCGUGCACUUGCGCGAAUAAUAGAAGGGAAAACCCCCGAGGAGAUUCGUGAGAUAUUUCAUUUGCCCGAUGAUCUUACAGAGGAAGAGAAACUGGAGCCCCUAAAAAACUCUACUGACGAUCCACGUAUUCGACUAUUGAAUAGAUUGUAUGCAAGAAAGAGGAAAGAACUUAAAGAGAGAGAACAUUUAAAGGAGGUUGAUGACAAUUGGACCUGCCAUAUGUUUCAGAAUGUUGAGACUGAGGAAGAGCGUGUUGAUGACCGUUCAGUUGAAGAUCUUCUGUCAUUUAUCAAUGGUGGAAAUGGAGGUAUACAUGCCUUAUUAGAGGUAAGGAAAUUGUGUUUCACAGAUUCUACGGUGCUUAAAACUUCCAAGAGUAAAAAGAAGAACCGAAGAAGAAAGGAGCAACAGAAAAAUGCUUCAGUAGACGAAUCUAUUGAAAGUCAUGGGAAGGAUUCAAAUGGUCUUAAUUUUGUAUGCAAUGGUACUGGAGUUGACAAGUUGCAGCCCCAUCCUGGUGAGACAUCAACAUUACCAGACGUGGAAAAUGACACUUUUCCACAUAAGGUUGAGUUUGAUGACGGUGAUAUAGAUGAUGAGAUUGACCCUGCACUAAAGGAGAAAAUUGAUAGGGAGGUGGAAGAUUUUGCUCGUAGAUUGAAUUCGGACUGGCCUGAAAGGAUGCAAGAGAUUCUUUCUUUGGGUCAAGAAAGAAGGCCAGUAAAUGAAAAUGGAUCCUCAAGGAGAUACACUAGACCAGACCCGGAGUGGAAAUGAUAUCUAAAAUAUGGAUGCGCGCUCUCAGAUUGGCCAAUGGCUGAAACAAUUUUGACCAGAUGAUGCUUACAGACACUUAGAGAGUUGGUAUUGUCACUGAUGUGGAUUACACGAGAGCUCAUUUUUUCUUUUUCUUUUUUUAAUUCUUUUCUUUAUUAUUUUUCUUUUUUUUAUUUUUGUUUUGGUUGGUUGGUUGGUUGUGCUUAACCCGGAUGCAAUUUUGAUUCUGGGUACAACCUUGUAUUCUAUGAGGGGAAGAAAUAGCAAAAAAAAAAAAAAAAGAAAAAAGAAAAUUGUGUUUCCUGAGCCAA